AAGCCGCAGCUGUUGCAUCAUGAUCUCGAGCCUGUUUUCGUUGGCUCGGCGUCCCUGGUGGCUUCGUCUUGCAUCGCUACCCUCAGCCGAAAGUCACUACCGAGACGAAUCACCAAUCGUCGGCCGAAUCACCGCCGCGUGCACCUCGCCGAACCACCACCGUGGCCAUCCUUCGCCAGGGAGCACCGUACCGGUCGUCCGUCGAGCCAAUUCCGAUGAAGUCCAUCCUGUGAAUUUAGUGUGUUCCCGAGGAUCUCCGUCUUCGUCUCUCUGUGCUCUGCCGGGGAAGCAUUCCAAAAACCUCAGCUCACUUCCUAGCCAGGCCACGCCACGCCAAGUUACCAACCCUUUUUUCUCUUCUGGGGAGAGAGAGAGAGGUCUGGAAGUAAUACACUUCCCAGAUAUGGCACACUCAAAGGCCAGAGCUUUUGAGUUCGAUGUGUUCUUGAGUUUUAGUGGAGUGGAUACUCGUUUUGACUUCACAGACUUCCUCAAUAAAGACUUGAAUAAUGCUGGAAUUCGCGUAUUCAGGGACGAAGACUCAAUCAAGGUGGGUGAUAAGAUUGGUGAGACAAUUCUACAAGCUGUCAACAACUCCAAAAUCUACAUACCCAUCAUCUCUCAAACUUACCCUAACUGCAAAUGGUGUCUUUUCGAGCUUGAACGCAUGAUGAACAAUUUGUCUCAAUCAGAGGGAUAG